AUGUUUCGAGGCAAGGCCGCGCGCAUAGCACAGGCGCUGCUGAUUGUUGCGCCUGCCUUCAUUGCCUUCGGGUACAACCAGUCCGGUCUCGGACCAUUGGCCACGCUGCAAAGCUGGGUCGAAGUGUUCCCUGAGAUUGACACGAUCAACACAUCCGGUGCCGUCAAAUCAAAGAACUCGACUCUCAAAGGCGUUGUCAUUGCAUCUUUGCAGUUGGGUGCCCUCGCCGGUGCCCUUUCAUGUACACUCCUAAGUGAUCGAAUUGGCCGUCGUAAGACGAUCUUCCUCGGCGCCAUUUUCACCCUCAUUGGUCAAGUGCUACAGACAGCUGCCUAUGGACUUCCCCAGUUCAUUGUCGGGCGCGUUAUACUUGGAUUUGGCAUUGGCCAGUUUAGCGUUGCUGUUCCCGUUUGGCAGUCGGAAUGCACUAGUGCUAAGCAUCGUGGACAGCAUGUCAUCGUCGAUGGAAUUUGCAUUUGCUUGGGCUACGCUUUGUGCAACUGGAUCGACUAUGGACUAAGCAAGAUCGACGGUUCAUUGCAAUGGCGUGUUCCCCUUGCCAUCUCCUUUUUCUUCCAACUCAUGGUUUUGUGCUGCGUCUUUCUACUUCCUGAGUCUCCUCGAUGGCUUGUCAGUGUUGGCCGCAUUGAUGAAGCCACUCACAGCUUGGCUACUUAUAAAGGUCUGCACGACGAUGAUGAGUCUAUUCGCGUUGAAAUCAAUGGCGUUGAGUCUUCUCUCGAAGUAUCAGUUGAUAGCACCUCUCUACGCGAUAUCUUCAACCCUAACAAACCCGAUGAAGAGCGGCUCCUCUAUCGCUUCUGCCUCUGCGUGGCGCUGCAGUUUUUCCAGCAAAUGUGUGGAGGCAAUUUGAUUUCCACCUAUAUUUCGACAAUCUUUGAGGAAGAUCUGGGAAUGACCAGUGAUCUCGCUCGAAUUCUCUCCUCCUGUGCCAUGACCUGGAAGUUCCUGUGCAGCUUCAUUGCCUUCUUCGCGAUCGAUCGCCUAGGCCGCCGCAAGAUCUUUAUGAUCAGUGGCUCUGGGAUGGCCAUUUGUAUGAUGGUGUUAGCAAUCACUAACAGCUUCAACAAUAACCGUACCGCCUCUAUUGUCUCUGCUGCCUUUAUGUUCCUCUUCAACUCCUUCUACCCAAUUGGGUUCUUGGGCGGAAACUUCCUCUACUGCACAGAGGUUGCUCCCAUGCGGCUCCGUGUUGCCAUGUCAGCCAUCGGAACCAGCACUCACUGGAUUUUCAAUUUCCUAGUGACUAUGAUUACUCCUGUUGCACUGGAUACUAUUGGUUACCAAUAUUACAUUGUUUAUGCUGUAAUUUCAGCUUGCAUUCCCUUCUCGGUCUACUUCUUCUACCCCGAGACCAUGAACCGCAACCUCGAGGCACUUGAUCAUGUCUUCCGCGAUGCACCUUCGCCUUGGCACAUUGUUUCGAUGGCUCGCCACCUUCCUCAGGGUGAAACUGCUGAAGUGGAUGUAUGGCAACACGCAGAAAAGAGUCAGAUUGAACAGAAGGAAAAUGCUUGA